AUGUACUCGAUCAGCGUGCUCUUGAUGGCUAUGGGCACAGCCCUCUUUAUCGCGCACCAUGUUACUGGCGUGAUCCGCGUCCUCUUCUUCUCGCGCAUCUCCCAUAUCCCGGGUCCAAAAUUAGCUGCGCUUACAUACUUUUAUCAAGCAUAUUGGGAUCUUUGGCCUCACCAAGGACAAUUCGCAUUUCACUGUAUCAAAUUACACAAAAUAUAUGGUCCGAUCGUCCGGAUCGGUCCCGAUGAAGUUCAUAUCGACGACCCUUCGUUUUACAGCUCGUGCUAUCCCGGUUCGAUUGGUCGUCAGAGAGACAAAAGCAUGCUCCAUUUCGGAUGGGCCCAGGGCCUAGAGCAAUAUGGGGACGGCAACACGUUUUUUACGUUGUCCCAUGAUGACCACCGGAUGCGUCGUUCUAUGUUAGCACCAUUCUUUUCGAAGCAGAAAGUCCGAGAUCUGGAAGUGAAAAUCCAGGAAAAGGUCAUUCGUUUUAGAGAAAGGCUUCUUGAAUACGCUGCCGACAAGGAAAAGGGAAGUGCACCAAUUGAUUUCAGCAACGCCACAGGCGCUUUGACAUUAGAUAUCAUAUCUGGGUAUACUCUGGGCAAAUCUAUCGGUGCGUUAGAUCGCACAGACCUGGCACGGGAUUAUCAUGAAGCUUUGCGCAACAGCGCAAAACUUGGUCCAAUCGCUCGUGCCUUUCCUUUCAUUCCCCGUGCGAUGGUAAUGCUGCCGGACUGGAUAGUCAAAUUAAGACCUGAGAUGACAGCUGGGAAAGAGUUUCAAGAAUUAGUUACAGACCUCACACGCAUGGCUUUUGAGAAUGCUAAAAAGUCGCAAGGAAAUGAGGAUCGCACCAUUCUUCAAACUCUCAUCAACCACCCUACCGCCCCAGAGAAAGAGAAAGAAUUCAACAGGCUCAGUGCGGAGGUUAUGAUUAUGUUCGCAGCAGGUGGUGAGCCUACUGGGCGUGCCUUGGCGGUUACCCUGCUUCACAUUCUGCUUAAUCCUCCAAUUUACAAGCGAGUCUUGAGUGAAUUGAGGCCAUUGAUCCCAUCAUAUGAUGCCCCAUUGCCACCAACAAAGCAACUCGAAGCGCUGCCAUACUUCUCGGCCGUGAUCAGUGAAGGUCUCCGAAUGACCCACGGCGUAGCCGGGCGUCUCGGUAGGAUUGCCCCAAACGAGACCCUCACUUAUCCGAAGGGGAAGAAUGGCCCUGUUCAGAUACCUGCUGGGGUAACAUUCUCACAAACGCUAUACCUGGUACACAACAACGAAAAGAUAUUCCCUGAGCCCUUCGCAUUCCGGCCCGAGCGCUACUUGCGGCCUGAGAAUGCGACAGAGGCCGAGACUCAGGCAGUAAAUGCUGCGAAGGCAUCUCUUGCUCCUUUUGGUAAAGGGGCGCGUAGUUGUCUGGGAAUGAACCUGGCAUAUAGUGAGCUUUAUCUCACAUUGGCUGCUAUUCUUGCUGGGCUCAAGUUGGAAUUGGCAGACGGUGUCUCAGAAAAAGAUGGCAGAAUUACGCAAGAAUACUUAAUCGGUUGUCUAGAUGACUCGAGGGCUGGAAUUUCUAUCAAUGUAUUGGGCACACUUUAG